CCGGAGCCGAGCUCAGAAGUCCAGGCGCUCACAGCGAUGGGCCCGGGGUCUCUGAGGGCUCCAGGGUCGCCGCCGCCAGCUUGGCUGCUGCAGCUGCUGCUACUGCGACUACCGUGGUCGGUGUGGGGGGCCGAGGCGUUCCGCGGAAACACCCCCGGAGAGCCAGUCACCCCUCUCUGGGUCCUGGACGGAGGAGCCUGGCGCAUGGUCACCCUGGAGGAGCCGGUCUUGAAGCUCGACACGGGGCUGGUAGCCUUGGAGGCUGGAGGGCAGGAGCUCCUCCUGGAGUUGGAGAAGAACCAGAGAGGCUGGAGCCAACCCCUCCCCACCCCCAGCCUGCCCUUCCCACUUCAGUCCUGGCUGAGAUUUGAGGCUGGAUCCCUUGCUCUCCAGGAUCAUUGCCAUUACCAUGGGCACGUGAGGGGCUUCCCGGACUCCUGGGUAGUCCUGAGCACCUGCUCUGGGAUAAGGGGUCUGAUCACGCUCAGCAGCAAUGCCAGCUAUUAUGUGCAUCCCUGGCCAGCUGGGGAUGCCCACGGUGCCUCAACCCACAGGAUCUUCUGGACCGAGCAGCUACUUAGCUGGAAAGGGGCCUGUGGCCAUAAGGAUCCUGAAGACAAAAGAAACAUGACCAGCCUUUCUCCUGCCACCAAGAUCAGGGACUGGCGGGAAGCCCAGCGAAGCCCGAAGCACCUAGAGCUGUACAUAGUGGCGGAUCACGCCCUGUUUGUGACCCAGCACCGGGACUUAAACCACACCAAACAGCGGCUUCUGGAGAUCGCCAACUACGUGGACCAGAUUCUCAGGACCCUGGACAUUCAGGUGGCGCUGACCGGCCUGGAAGUAUGGACCGAGCAGGACCACAUCCGCAUCACGCCGGACGCGAACAACACGCUCUGGGCUUUCCUGCGGUGGCGCCGGGGGCUGUGGGGGCGGCGGCCACACGACUCCACGCAGCUGCUCACGGGCCGCGCUUUCCGGGGCGACACCGUGGGCCUGGCACCCGUGGAAGGCAUGUGCCUCAUAGAGAGCUCUGGAGGCGUAACCGCGGAUCACUCGGAGCUCCCCAUCGGCGCUGCAGCUACCAUGGCCCACGAGAUAGGCCACAGCCUCGGCCUCAGCCACGACCCCGACGGCUGCUGCGUAGGGGAGGCAGCGGAGCUAGGCGGCUGCGUCAUGGCAGCAGCCACGGGGCACCCGUUCCCCCGCGUGUUCAGCGCCUGCAGCCGCCGCCAGCUGCGCGCCUUCUUCCGCAAGGGGCGCGGCUCGUGCCUCUCCAACCCGCCGGGCGCCGGGCUCCGGGUGCGGCGGGCGCGCUGCGGCAACGGCUUCGUGGAGGACGGCGAGGAGUGCGACUGCGGCGCGGGCCAGGAGUGCCCCGACCCCUGCUGCUUCGCGCACAACUGCUCGCUGCGUGCGGGGGCCCGGUGCUCCCGCGGGGACUGCUGCGCGAGCUGCCAGGUGAGGGCGCGGCAGGCUCGGAGGGGAGGGUGGAGGGUGCUGUGGGGCAGCCCUGCUGGCCCUGGCGGAUUGGCGCCCUCCGUCCCCGCGGGUCCACCUCGCUCUCCCGCCGGGCUGUCCCGCCCCGAGCCUCGCUGUGGGCGCGGAUCUCUCACUGUCCGUUGUCCUCUGUGUCUCGGUCGCUCUCCCGCACGCGGGUCACCUGCACAGCUGAAGCCGGCGGGCGCGCCGUGCCGUCGGGCUGCGGGAGACUGUGACCUCCCUGAGUUCUGCACGGGCGCCUCUCCCCACUGCCCCCCCGACCUUUACCUCCUGGACGGCUCGCCCUGCGCCAGCGGCCGUGGCUACUGCCUGGACGGCGCGUGCCCCACGCUGGAGCAGCAGUGCCAACAGCUCUGGGGACCCGGCUCCCGCCCAGCUCCGGAGGCCUGUUUCCACGUGGUGAACUCGGCAGGAAACGCCCACGGCAACUGCGGGAGGGAUGAGGAGGGCAGCUACGUGCCUUGUACGCAGAGGGAUGCGCAGUGCGGGAAGCUGCAGUGCCAGGGCGGGGAGCAGAGCCCACUGGCACCACACACGAUGCUGGUGGACUCUACCCUCCGCCUGGACGGCAGGGAGGUGACUUGCAGGGGGGCCUUCCUGCUACCGGGUGCCCAGCUGGACCUGCCUGACUUGGGCCUGGUGGAGCCAGGCACCCAGUGUGGGCCUACAAUGGUGUGCCAGGACAGGCACUGCCAGAACACUACCUUCCAGGAGUUGGAGCUCUGUCUGACCGCCUGCCAUGGCCAUGGGGUUUGCAACAGCAACUAUAACUGCCACUGUGAUCCUGGCUGGGCUCCACCCUCCUGCGACAAGCCAGGGGCGGGUGGCAGCCUGGACAGUGGCCCUGUGCAGCCAGAAAGUGCGCACAGGGGGGGCGAGUGGGGACGGGCCCUGUGGUGCACCCACAUAGGACUCAGCCUCACCUUGUCCUUUGCAGACCAGGACGCCUUCCUGCUGGCAGUGAUCUUUAGCUUCCUACUGCCUCUGCUUCCUGGGGCCGGCUUGGCCUGGUGCUGCUACCGGCAGCGCGAAUCCCAGCUUCAGUACGGCCUGUGCAGCUCAAGGAGGGCCAGUGGGCCCAAAGAUGGCCCAUGCAGGGAUCACCCCCUGGGCAGUGUUCAGCACCUGGAGUUGGGCCCGAUGACCACUGGAGAGCCCCAACCCCUCAUGAGAUCCCUGCCAGAGCCCAACAGCCACCUUGAGAAACCUGUGCCCUGUGGCCCUACCUGCACCCAAGCAGGUCAAGUCCAGAAGCCAAGAUCCAGUCUCUGGCGAGAGGGGGAUCCUGAGAUGAGGACACUUAAAAACAGGUGGCUACUGACACUUGGACCGCCAGGGGCAGCGCCAGCAAGUCAGCUGACCGGUACCUUCAGGCAGCUUGCAAGUUUCUUCCCCGAGUUACCUCCGCCCUACCUGCUCCAGGACCCCAGAGCCUCAUCAGAGUUUGCCCAGUGCUCUCUGUUCUUUAGGGCUGGAUCAUGCCAGCCCAAGAAUGCAUCUGUUAUGUAAAACUUCCCAGGUCUGAGAGACCAAAGAAAGAGGCGACAACUCCA